AUGGAAAGAAGUGAUGUGAUGAAAACAACUGGCAAGUGUGGGAGGUAUGCCUAUCGAGCGGUACAUCAUUUCAAAAAAUAUGCUGAAAAGUGCAUCGAACUUGGUAUUCCAGUACCAUUUGCAGCCGAAAUGACAAGAAAUGCAUCACAGUUAUUAAAAGAUUUGGGACUCGAAGCAAAGACAAAACUUUGUCAUUGCUUCCGAUGUAAUUUGGAUUUGACUUCUACAAAGACCGUUUCAUUCAGACUGUCAGUACGUAAAAGAAGAAUGAAAAAAAACAAGUGGAAAGGAUAUAGAAGGCCUACUCACCUGAUAGCGGUUUGUAAAGGAUGUGGGGCUGAAAUGAAAGGUGGUGCGUUGGCAACUGUGGAUUACGAGAAACAAGGUAUGCAAACAUCUUUUGAUCAACGUUUGAGACGAGAAUCACGAGGAUUUUCAGGACAGUCUACCUUUUCUACCCCGGAAACUUCACUGCCAAGAACUCCAAUUUCCAGCCAAAUAGCAGAAAAGAAAAUUUCAUCCUCCGCACGUCGACGAAAGAUGGCAUCAAAAUUGCAACUUCUCUUAUCUAGUCAAACACCGACACGUAAAGAUACAAGUUUGCAGGGUUUUCUGGAAGCUUUUAAAAUAAAUACUAAAUAG